GACCUCCUGAGGCAUUGUUUCUGAAGUCUCAUAGUGUCACUUCUACCAGAUAUCUUUGGUAAUGUUUCUCUUUCUUCGGAGCUCUUAGAGAACUUCAAGGGAAGAGGGGAAAGGCAAAGGAAUGGUAAGGAGCGCCCAGACUAGCUAUAUUUGAAGAGAUUCUUCACCAUUACACAAACUCCCAUUGUCUUCUACACACAUGCAGAUGAAAGAGAGAUGCUGGAGUACUGCAAACACCUCUUAGUAUCCAAAGGAAAGGCCAAUGCCACUGGUAUCCUGAACUGGAAACAUUCUCUAAAUUUACACCAGUUUCCUGGGGAGAGAGCUCCUGGAAUGGUGUGGUUCUAAAACAUGAAACUUGUCCUCAGUAGAACAAGGGAGAUCCUCAGAGGAAGCAAUCCUAUUCCUAGGCUCUCUUCAUCAUGUCUUGAUAAAACUCUGCCUAAGAUACACUUCCAACCUUAAAAGUUUCAUUCCAAAAAGAGAUUUGUGUUUGCAACCUGUAUUCUACCACUCAAAUAUCUGACUCCUAUUUUGAUGACCAUAUCUCUGCAGCUGGAGUCCACAUCGCUACAAAGCUGGAGGGGAAAGAAGCAGCAGGGAAUUCAAGAGAUACUGAUCCCAAGAAAAAUCUAAAACCGGUUACUAGGCAGGCAUUCACUGAUUUUUCUCUGUGUGUUAAACACCAGGAUGAGCUCUAGAAGCAGGGGUGACCUGGUGAAGAGGCAUCAAGUCAUGCAUACAUUGCAAAACUACUCUGUUCGACCUAUGAAUGGCUGUAGUCUUCACUGGCACACACAUCAACUCGGACAUCUUCCUUCAACAAAUUCCUUUGUCCAAAAAUUAAACCUAGAACUGCAGAAAAGAAGUUGUCAGUCACUAUCACAGUAGGUCACAGCAGCUCUGUCAUAUGAUGGAUGGUCUUAAGUCCCAGUGUCACACACCCCACAUUAUAGCUAAAAACAGUCACCCAAAAGGUCCCUCGUCUGAGCAGAUAGACAAGAGCACAAUCACGCACCGGUCAACCCCUCAUUCCACUACCCUCCUUUCGGAAACGCACACACACACACACCCUGGUACACAGGCAUUAACUCCAGGCGCAUAUCUCUUUGCACCCAGGGAGCUCCUGGCUUCCUCAACCCGAGAGUCUCCUUCACCUAGACCAGGUCACCACUCUGUGCCAGGCAACUAUUAGACUCCGAAGAGGAGCCUGCGAUUAAAGUUUGAAAGCGGCCCCGAAGGUCUGUGGGAAAUGUAGUUCAAGACUGGAAAAGCCCGGAUGUCGACAAGGCGCGCUUAGUCUGAGGCCCAGAGGAAUGCGCUGCCGAGACCGCAGGGAAACAGCGCCUAGCAAUACGCAGGCGCAGACUCUUGGCCAGUGGCCGAAGGUGAAUAGACUCCAGCUCCAAUGGAUUGGGACCUGGGAAAGAAAAAAGUCAGAGACAAGAUGAAGCCAACAUGACUGAUACUACUAUAAUUUAGCCUUUGCUGUUUUAGAAAUUGUCCGUUUUCUAAAGAGGAGUGCAAAGGAAAGACUGGUCUUCUCUUGCAGAUCUCAAAAUCAUGGCUCAGGAAUCAGUGUCAUUCAAAGAUGUGACUGUGGAUUUCAGUCAGGAGGAGUGGCAACACCUAGAUUCUGCUCAGAAGACUCUAUACAUGGAUGUGAUGUUGGAAAACUAUUGCCAUCUCAUCUCUGUGGGAUGUGACAUCACCAAACCUGAUAUGAUCCUCAAAUUAGAACGAGGAGAAGAGCCCUGGAUGUCAUUUGCAGGUCAUGCCUGCUUAGAAGAAAACUGGAAAGCUGAAGACAUUUUAAUGAAAUUCAAGGAACACCAAGAUAAGUAUUCUAGAUCAGUUGUGUGCAUUAACCACAAAAGACUUGUCAAGGAGAACAGUAUAUAUGAAAAGACACUUAAUCUAAUCAAAAAACCUGUUGAUUCAAAAAAUCUACCUCCUGACUAUGACACUCAUGGGAAGACUUUGGAAAAUGUUUCAGGAUUAAUCAUCAGUAACCUAAGUCCUUCAAGAAAGAGAAUUAAUGAGUACAAUGGAUUUGGGAGAUCACUACUUAAUAAUAGGCAAGAAACAGCUCCUCCUGAAGUAAAAUCCCAUAAUCAAAGUGACAGGACCUUCUGUCAUAAUGAUGUGCUUAUACAGUAUCAGAAGAUGGUAACUCCAGCACAGUCAUUUGGAUACAGUGAGUGUGAGAAAUCAUUCCUUAAAAAGGGAGGCUUGAUCACACAUAAUAGAGUGUAUAGAGGGGAAACCCUACCUGUAUAUAAUAAAAAGAGAAGAGCAAACAAUAUUGAAAAAAAACAUACAUGCACUGAAUGUGGGAAGUCCUUCUGCAGGAAGUCAGUAUUGAUUCUGCAUCAGGGAAUUCACACAGAGGAAAAACCCUAUCAAUGCCAUCAGUGUGGGAAUGCAUUCAGAAGGAAGUCCUAUCUUAUUGAUCAUCAGAGAACUCACACAGGAGAGAAACCCUUUGUUUGUAAUGAGUGUGGUAAGUCCUUCCGCCUAAAGACAGCACUCACAGAUCAUCAGAGAACACAUACAGGGGAGAAGUCAUAUGAAUGUCCACAAUGUAGAAACGCCUUCAGAUUGAAGUCACACCUCAUUCGUCAUCAGAGAACUCACACAGGAGAGAAACCAUAUAAGUGUAAUGACUGUGGAAAGUCCUUCCGCCAGAAGGUAACACUCUCUCUACAUCAGAGAAUUCAUACGGGGGAGAAACCUUAUAUUUGUAAAGAAUGUGGAAAGUCUUUUCACCAGAAGGCAAACCUCACUGUACAUCAGAGAACUCACACAGGAGAGAAACCCUAUAUUUGUAAUGAAUGUGGGAAAUCCUUCUCUCAGAAGACAACCCUUGCUCUUCAUGAGAAAACUCACAAUGAGGAGAAACCCUAUAUUUGUAAUGAAUGUGGAAAGUCUUUCCGCCAGAAGACAACCCUAGUAGCACAUCAAAGAACACAUACAGGGGAGAAAUCUUAUGAAUGUCCUCACUGUGGGAAAGCCUUUAGAAUGAAAUCAUACCUCAUUGAUCAUCAUAGAACUCACACAGGAGAAAAACCAUAUGAAUGUAAUGAAUGUGGGAAAUCAUUCAGUCAGAAGACAAAUCUCAAUCUACACCAGAGAAUUCAUACAGGAGAGAAACCCUAUAUCUGUAAUGAAUGUGGGAAAUCCUUUCGCCAGAAAGCAACUCUGACUGUACAUCAAAAAAUACACACAGGGCAGAAAUCCUAUGAAUGUCCUCAGUGCGGGAAAGCCUUUAGCAGGAAGUCUUAUCUCAUUCAUCAUCAAAGAACUCACACGGGAGAAAAACCAUAUAAAUGUAAUGAAUGUGGAAAGUACUUCCGCCAGAAGACGAAUCUUAUUGUACAUCAAAGAACUCACACAGGUGAAAAACCCUAUGUUUGUAAUGAGUGUGGUAAGUCCUUCAGUUAUAGGAGAAGCCUCAUUGUCCAUCAGAGAACACAUAAGGGAGAAAACAUGGAAAUGCAAUAAAUAAAGUGGUUUCUUUGUGAAGUCUUUCCAAGUUAAUGUAAACCUUUAGUUUUAAAAACAAAAGCAUGCUUAAACAUGUUGAUGUAAUUUUAAUCACAAAGUUUUUAAAGUUCCACACCACAAAACUACUGUUUAUUGCAUAUGAAAUGUGUAUGAUCAUUAUUAUUAGGUUGUAGCUCUGACACUAAUUUUCAGUUAUUUAAAAAUAUAGUACAUGUAGAAGCAAAUUACAAAAUGGUAUCAGCACUGAUCACCAUAAAUUUUUUAAAAAUAUGAAUUCUAAUUAUUUUUGCAGUCUAUGUAAUAAAAAGUAGUUUUUACUUCCCCAAAUAUUACCACUUCUACAAAAAAAAAAAUGAUUACCAUUUCCCUGGCUUAUAACCUCAUUAAACUAGUUUAUGCAUGCUCUCAAACUUUAUUUAUAUAUGUUUUACUUAGACAUCGUGAAUUCAUGUCCUUCUUUGUUUCCCUGAACAUUUUAAAGAUCUGUAUAAUAUUCCAUGUGGUAGUAGUAUGUUCUUUUUUAUUUUGUAUACUAUAUCAUUUUAAUAAUAUACUGUUAUUUAUCCUGUUGGCAGAUAUUUGUAUUUUUAUAAUUUUCUAUUAUAAUAAAAUACUGCCAUAAAUAUUCUUGUUUA